UUCGCAUAUUUUCAAAUACUUGCGUUCCUAUUUAAUAGUCAGAGGUCUCUGAAGAUAAGCCGUGUAAACAAUGACUUUUAUGGAUACCAUUGUAAACUAUGAAACUUGACUGUGUGAUGGAAUGUACCUUUAAAGCUGGAGACCUCGUGAAAGCGAAUUAUACCUUUAAAAAAGAUAAAAAUGAGGAUUUGCCUUUUCGUAAAAAUGAUACACUGGAGAUAAUUAAUAUUGGAAAGGAUCCUAAUUGGGCUCAUGCGAAAAAUACUUUGGGAGAAACUGGACUUAUUCCUCUAAAUUAUGUACAACGUAAAAAUGACUCCCUGGAUAGCAUCCAGAAUCACUGUUGGUAUCAUGGAAGAAUUUCCCGGGCAGAAUCAGAAAGUUUACUAUGUGGCAGUCCCAUUGGAAGCUUCUUAAUUCGUGAAUCGGAUUUAUAUACUGGAGAUCUAACUCUUUGUGUAGUUGGACCUCCAUGUAUGGCUGAAAGCUCUGAUGUCAAUGAACAUGAGAAUUCUACGGCAUUGUCUACAGAUGUUCCAACCAAUGUACAACACUAUAGAAUCAUACGUAGACCUUUUAAAUCUGUUCAUCCCAAGCAACAUUUUGAGUAUUCGACAACGUCUUCAAUUUGUAGCAAGAUUCAUUACACACUGGAUGAAACUGAUUGGUUUUCAAGUCUUCAAGAACUUGUUCAGUUUUAUUCUCAACCUAAACGUGGAUUAGUUUGUGCACUCCAUCAUCCAGUUCCUGAUAUGCAGAGGAAACGACUCAGUAAAUUACAGAAAUCUGGUUAUCUCAUCUUUCGCAAGGAUAUUGUGUUGGGUGAUCGAAUUGGUCGGGGAGAAUUCGGGGAAGUUCUUAAAGCUAAUUAUAAUGGUCGACAAGUGGCGGUGAAAAUCUAUAAAAAGACUGCUUCCAAACUAGCUAUAACUUAUGAAGCAUCACUUAUGACGAAAAUAAAUCAUCCCAAUUUAAUUUCAUUCAUUGGUUUGGUGUAUGAACCAGAUGAUGCUGUUUAUCUAGUCACAGAAUAUUUAGCCAAUGGAAGUCUGUUAACCUAUCUGCACUCUCGUACACGUGAUGAAAUAACAGAUGUGACAAAAUUGAAAUUUAGCAUUGAUGUUUGUCGUGGUCUGGUUUAUCUUGAAGAACGUGAUUUCAUUCAUCGUGAUAUUGCUGCUCGGAAUAUUCUGUUAUCUGGACAGGCGCCAAAUUUAAUUGCUAAAGUAGCUGACUUCGGUAUGGCUAGAGAUCUGCACGAUUUAUCAACUAUCGGUGCUAUAUCACAUCAACCAAAGUCAGCUAAUACACCAACACUGAUUAUCAGGAGUUCACCACAUGUAGCAGGAGAUUCAGUGGAAAAAUAUCCCACUACCACCACCGUACAACAUCACCACUCUCAGGAUAAUAGUCGUCGUCAGCAGCACCAGCCUUUUGAGACAAAUACAUCACCACCACCGACAUCGUUAAAUGCAAUGGCACUACAUGAUAAUGCAGCGAUUCCUUUGAAAUGGACAGCUCCGGAAGCUAUACGGGAUAGAUUGUUUACAACCAAAUCAGAUGUUUGGAGUUUUGGUAUCCUUUUAUGGGAGAUCUAUUCUUAUGGGCGUAUACCAUAUCCACGAAUGAUGGCUAAUCAAGUAUUGCGUCAUAUUGAAUCUGGAUAUAGAAUGAAAUCACCUGAAAAUUGUCCAUCAACAAUAUACUCACUUAUGUUACGUACAUGGCAGAGUGAACCAAAUCACAGACCAAGUUUCGUGGACAUAUUAAGUGAACUUAUUAAAUUGUAUACUACAACAACAGCAACGGCACCAACCUCUAGUCCUACUACUUCUAGUCAUGUCGGUAUUGUUAUGACACUUACGUCGUCAUCACCGUCUCAUCAUUGUUCUAUUCCAUUGACUAGUGACCGCAUUAUUGAUGAUGGUUGUUCCAUCUCAGAUUCAAGAAAGAUAUCUAAAGAUUUUGAUAACAGUAAUGAUGACAAGAAGACAUUAACUAACUCUAAUGCAAUUUCGUAUGUACCAUCUGAUUCAAAUGAAGGUAAUACUAACCGCAAGGUUAGAAAACAUAUGGUGAGUGGUGAUUCCACUCUGAAGUCAUCAUCGUCGUGUUUUCGGCAUAGACAUGGUCGACCAAAAACACUAGCUGACUUGAUGGCUGAACCUCUGUCACAGACAUAUCAUCAUCAUCACAAUAAUGAAUCAAUAGAUAUGCUUACAAAAUCAGCUAAUCAGACUUCUGUAGCAAUGAGUCGUUCAUUCACACUAACGACAACAUCACCUAAAACUAAUUUAUGCAUAACUAACAACAAUAAGAACAACAAAUCAGCAAAAACUCCAGAUGAGUCUAAAUUAUCCUAUAUAAUGCCGUUGGAACGCUUAAAACUAUAAUACUAUAAUAAAGUAUUUUCAUUCAUUUGUUCAUUAUUACAUACUUGUAAAAGCGCCUUGUGUACAUUUGCCUAAUUUUUUUCUGUAUGAGUGGGCGUGUGUGUACGUGCCUAAGAUUCUCCUCCUUCACUAGCCUUCAUUUCAUUUAUUCUCAUUGUAUUUUGUGUGUGUGUGUGUGUCAGUGUUUACAGCUAUUGUCAUCAGCGUAUUAUUGGGCAACUCUAUUUUAUCCUGCCAGGUAUACACUAUUGAUUGUCUGUUAUUGUCACUGUUGCAACAUAUAUUAUUAUAGUGAGCAUCGUUUCAUGUUUGAUAUAUCAUUCAUGCCAAAUACUUUUAGUAAUAAUCAUAAUAAUAAUAAUAAUACAUAGCAGAACAGAUUUUAUAUUUAUGAUAUAUAUGCACAUACAGAGAGUUAUUUGGACUUUGCCAUCAUCCUAACUAGAUAUAACCAUCAUAUGUAUAUAUAUAUGUGUGUGUAUGUAUGUGUCAGAGGAUGUGACGAUUUUUUUUCAAUGCUGUACAAAGGGUGUUCUGUAUUUAUGCCUUAGUAACAUUGCUAAUUUAUAUUGUUGUUUUUUUUUCUUCUGUAUAUGCUGUUUUGAUCUGGUUCUCUUGACUUAUUUAUCUAUCGUUGAACACGUUAAUCUUUUUAUUCUUUAUGAUACUGAAUUGGGACGGGUGUAGAGGACGGUGAUGUUUUGUUCAUUUGUGAUUUGCAUAAAUGCAUAUUUGCCUAUAUCUAAUGCAUAUUUGACCAAACUCUUCUUAGUUUACUCUUGUUCGGUAGACGCAUGACCUACUAUUAUUAUUGUUCAAUCAGUAUUUAUUUUGUUUUUUACGUUCCUACUGGAACAUAGGACUUCAGCCUUGAAGUUUCACUAGCCGAGGUUUUGAUAUAAGAAUAAAACUUGUGCACUUUGGUAGAGUAUAAUUCCAUUAUGGGUAAAUUUUUGUUUUCAUAAAGUCUCACAGUGUUAUACAGUAAUGUUUACUGAUGACGUUUCGAGCACAAUUUAUUACUGCUCAUAAUCAUAUCAAGACACUACUAACACGACUUCCUAACUUCAUUUAUAUAGUUCCAUUGUUUUUCAUCGCUUGAUUUGAUUGGCAGUAGUAUUUCCCAUAUUUCAGGUAUGAGUGAUGACUCAUUCCUGUUGCAUGUGUUUGGUGUAGACUCGCUGAACAAGGAUUCAGUAAUCAAUAUCUCUCUUUCUCCACCAACCUAUAUUACAUUUUAGAAUUUUAACCCUCUCCCACCACCUUAUUGUGUGGUUGUUUGUUAAUGCGUGAAGUGCAAUAGCUGAACUUUUUUCUAAAUUACUUAUCUUCUCGGGGUCAACCAUUCUUACCUUAGCUAAAUUCUUAUGUUCCGACAAUCUGACUACCCCUGACCUACUAGUUUGACCUAUGUAGCUGACGUAGCUCACAGUCAUUGCAUGGUAUUUUGUAAAUUAUAUUAUUUUGUCUAAUUGGGUCAACUGGGUCCUUUAACCUACUCAGCUUGUCCCUGAGUGAGUUUGUAAGUUGAAAUGCCACCCUAAUUCCUCCUUUAUUUAGAAUCCUACGCGAGGUUUCAGAUGUCCCCUCUUUAUAUGGUAUAACUGUAGAUGACUUAUAUUCUUUCUUAUUUAUGUUAUUAUUAAUAGUUUCACAAUUAUUUUUCGUUUGGCCUUUUUUGAUCUUCCUAAUAAAUUUUAAAGGAUAGUUACUUAACACC